AGCGUCGUUCUGCGGCCAUGGUAACAUCGAUGUGUAACGGACUGGCGCGGAGAAGAACAGAAAUAAGUGUUUCAGUCUGAGCAACAUGAAUCUGACGGAAAUCUGUGACAAUGCUAAGAAAGGGCGAGAAUAUGCCCUGCUUGGAAACUACGACUCUUCCAUGGUGUACUACCAAGGCGUGGUGCAGCAGAUCCACAAGCACUGUCAGUCGCUCAGGGAUCCGGCGCUGAAGAUGAAAUGGCAACAGGUGAAGCAGGAGCUGAUGGAGGAGUACGAGCAGGUGAAGGGCAUUGUGGGAACCCUGGAGAGCUUCAAGGUGGACAGACCGGUGGACUUCUCCGUGGCACAGCCGGACGAGUGCCCACGCGACCCAGUCGUCUGGCCUCCCCCCAUACCUGCUGAGCACAGGGCACCGGCCCCAGUGAAGCGGCCCAACACCGGGGCAAAGCCCCAGAGGAAAGAGUCCCCGGGGGUGCAGCACCGGGGGCCGACGGGGCGAGCGCAGCCCAUCCCAAAGGCCGAAAAACCAGCGUCCCGGGACGCCAAGGGCAGCAAAGCCAGGGAGGACAAGAAUAAGAAGAACGCCCAGGACGGUGGGGGAGAGGGGGAGGUGAGGCGGUUUGACGGCACGGGGUACGACAGCGACCUGGUGGAAGCCCUGGAGAGGGACAUCGUGUCCAGGAAUCCCAACGUCCACUGGGACGACAUCGCUGACCUGGAGGAGGCGAAGCGGCUGUUGAGGGAGGCGGUGGUGCUGCCCAUGUGGAUGCCAGACUUCUUCAAGGGCAUCCGGCGGCCAUGGAAGGGCGUGCUGAUGGUGGGCCCCCCAGGCACAGGGAAGACCAUGCUGGCCAAGGCUGUGGCCACAGAGUGCGGCACCACCUUCUUCAACGUCUCCUCCUCCACCCUCACCUCCAAGUACCGGGGCGAGUCUGAGAAACUGGUGCGGCUGCUGUUCGAAAUGGCCCGCUUUUACGCCCCGACCACCAUCUUCAUGGACGAGAUGGACUCCAUCUGCAGCCGGCGCGGCACGUCCGACGAGCACGAGGCCAGCCGCAGGGUCAAGUCCGAGCUGCUGGUGCAGAUGGACGGUGUCGGGGGUGCGCUGGAGAACGACGACCCCUCUAAAAUGGUCAUGGUGCUGGCUGCCACCAACUUCCCCUGGGACAUCGACGAGGCGCUGCGGAGGAGGCUGGAGAAGAGGAUCUACAUCCCCCUGCCAACAGCCCAGGGCCGCGCGGAGCUGCUGAGGAUUAACCUGCGGGAGGUGGACGUGGCGCCCGACGUGGACCUGGCUCUCAUCGCCGAGAAGAUCCAGGGAUACUCCGGGGCGGACAUCACCAACGUCUGCAGGGACGCCUCCAUGAUGGCGAUGAGGCGGCGCAUCCAGGGCCUGAGUCCGGAGGAGAUCCGGGCGCUGUCCAAGGAAGAGCUGCAGAUGCCCGUCACCAUGGAGGACUUCGAGCUCACGCUCACCAAGAUCUCCAAGUCCGUCUCCGCCGCCGACCUGGAGAAGUACGAGUCCUGGAUGGCCGAGUUCGGGUCCGUGUAGCGGGGAAGCCGGGACCGGGGACCGGGGACCGGGUCUCCUCCCGCGGAACGUCCCGGAAUCUCGUCUUUCUCCAGCCCCGGGAGCUGCCCUGCGCGACAGCCUCCGUUAUUACUUGAAAAAAAAAAAAGAUGUCAUCUUUGUGUUCUCUAAUACAGACUAACAUUUUGGGGGAAAUUCACAAAGGGUCUUGAGGCCUGAUGUGUUGUGUGUGAAUGAUUUUGCUUGGGUGGGAUUUUUUUUGUUUGUUGUUGUAUUGUUUUUAGCGGUCUCUGGAGAGGAACGAGGCGAUUUUUGGCACCUUUCACUUCAAAGUCUCUGGAAAUGCACUCGUAACUUAUUUGAGCACUGGACAACCUGAGACACGACGGUAGUGAGUCGUGUUUCCGAUUCCUUCAUUUUUUAUUCGGUUGUUGUUGUUGUAUGGAUUAUCUGUGGUUGUUUUAUUUGUGUUGAAUGUCUGACAACACCAGCAGAAUGCAGAGACGAUGGCCAGACAGAGGCCUUUGAAAAUGGAGCGGAAAAGAAAAUUAUCUUUUCGGCGAUUGCACUGUGUGCCCCUUGUACGCUUCGUCUCUGAAUGUCAUUAACGAUAAUAAAACACAAACGGAUUGUACAGAGCAAA